UGUCUUCCUGCAACACAACCAAGAAAACAGCUGGGCGUAGUGGCAGGUGCCUGUGGUCCAGCUACUUGGGAGACUGAGGCAAGAGAAUCGCUUAAGUCCAGUUUGAGAUUGCUGUGAGCUGUGAUGCUACAGCACUCUACCCAGGGCGACAGCUUGAAACUGUAAAAAAAAAAAAAUUUUUUUUUCACUCAGUAAUUCCAUUUCUGAAAGUCUGUCCUAAAUAUAUACCCCCCCCAAAAAAAAAGGAUUCUGUUUACUGUAGAUUAUGUGUAAAAGAAAUAACCAGUAAUGCUGGUGGUAGGAGAAUCAUUUUUUAUGUGGUCAAUCAGUGGAAUGCUGUACUGCCAUUAGAAAUGUGUGACUAUUUUGUAAAAUCUCAGAGAAGCAUACUUGCCUGUGGACAAUACCUAAUAAGUCCCCGCUAGUGCUGGGGAUACAGUCCUGAGUGUCUGGGGGGAGGACAGGCCACCAAAUGAGCAGUAACCUCAGAGGGACUGGGGUUUGAUAGGGGAUGAGUGGGCUGUGCAGGAGAAGCCAGUCUUGGAAUGGGGGAGUGGAACAAGGAGCACUUCUUAGAGGACAGGAUGGUAACCCUGAGGUUUGGAGGAUGGACAGAUGUUUUUGUACACAAAAGGGAGAGAGGUUUUGUAUGCCGAAGGGAUGGUGUGUUUAAGAGCGAGCAUGGCACAGCUGGAUCAGGGAGAGGGUGGGGGUGAGACAGGCCUGAGGGGCCAGCUCACGUGGGGCUGUGUCUGGGGAAAGACAGGCCACCACACACCUGGAAGGUCAGAAGCUUAGACCUUAUUAUUUUUUGUUUUUGGAGACAAGAGUCUCAAACUGUCACCCUGGGUAGAGUGCCAUGACGUCAUAGCUUACAGCAACCUCCCAACUCUUGGGCUCAAGUGAUCGUCUUGCCUCAGUUUUUCUAUUUUUUACUAGAGACCGGGUCUUGCUCUUGCUGAGGCUGGUCUUGAACUCAGGAGUUCAAGCAAUCUACCCACCUUGGCCUCCCAGAGUGCUAGGAUUACAGGCAUGAGCCAUCACACCUGGCCUUAAGCAAGAAAAAUUCUUAGCAUCCGUGCACUGGAAGUCCUCCUAUGACUGCAGCAUGGAGAAUGGACUGACGGAGGGCAGGAGUGGAAGCAGAUGAGUGAGGAGGCUGUGGCAGUAGCCCAGGUGCAAGUGCUUCCCCGUGCCAGCAUAUCAUGGAAGGGCUGCUGACAAGAUGCAGAGUGUUGCCCACCCUGGCCACCUGCAGCUGCCAGCUCUCCAGGUAUGUCCCUCGCAGGCUUCACCACUGUGCCCCAGGGAGAGGGCAGCGCUUGGUGCUGUCUCGAAUGUUCCAGCCACAGAACCUGCGGGAAGACCAGGUGCUCUCCCUGGAGGGCAAAGCUAGCAACCUGACCUGUAAGAGCCAGCGGCUGAUGCUGCAGGUAGGCCUGAUCCACCCCGCAAGCCCCGGCUGUUACCACCUCCUGCCUUACACCGUCCGUGCCCUGGAGAAGCUCGUGCGGGUGAUAGACCAGGAGAUGCAGGGCAUUGGGGGGCAGAAAGUCAACAUGCCCAGUCUCAGCCCGGCAGAGCUCUGGCAAGCCACCAACCGGUGGGACUUGAUGGGCAAGGAGCUGCUAAGACUUAGAGACAGACAUGGCAAGGAAUACUGCUUAGGACCAACUCACGAGGAAGCUGUUACAGCCCUGAUUGCCUCCCAGAAACAACUGUCCUACAAGCAGCUUCCAUUUUUGCUAUACCAAGUGACGAGGAAGUUUCGGGAUGAGCCGAGGCCCCGCUUCGGUCUUCUUCGUGGCCGGGAGUUUUACAUGAAGGAUAUGUACACUUUUGACUCCUCCCCAGAGGCCGCCCGGCAGACCUACGGCCUGGUGUGUGACGCCUACUGCAGCUUGUUCGGCAGGCUGGGGCUGCGAUUUAUCAAGGUCCAGGCAGAUGUGGGCAGCAUCGGGGGCACGAUGUCCCAUGAGUUCCAGUUCCCAGUGGAUGUUGGAGAGGACCAUCUUGCCAUCUGUCCCAGCUGCAGCUUCUCAGCCAACAUGGAGACACUAGACUUGUCACAAAUGAACUGCCCGGCUUGCCAGAGCCCACUGACUGAAACCAAAGGCAUUGAGGUGGGGCACACAUUUUACCUGGGGACCAAGUACUCUUCCAUUUUCAACGCCCAGUUUACCAACGUCCAAGGCAAACCAUCCCUGGCUGAAAUGGGAUGCUACGGCUUGGGUGUGACACGGAUCUUGGCUGCUGCCAUCGAAGUUCUCUCCACAGAUGACUGCAUCCGCUGGCCCCACCUCCUGGCCCCGUACCAAGUCUGCCUCAUCCCCCCGAAGAAGGGCAGCAGGGAGGCGGAGGCUGCCGAGCUAACGGGGCACCUGUAUGACCACAUCACAGAGGCAGUGCCUCAGCUUUGCGGGGAGGUGCUGCUGGAUGACAGGACCCAUCUGACCAUCGGAAACAGACUGAAAGACGCCAAUAAGUUGGGCUACCCCUUUGUGAUAAUUGCUGGCAAAAGGGCCCUGGAGGACCCUGCACAUUUUGAGGUUUGGUGUCAAAAUACUGGAGAGGUGGUCUUCCUCACGAAAGAAGGCCUUGUGGAAUUGCUGACCCAAGUGCAGAUGGUCUAAAUAAGCCCCGCCCACUCAUGCCCCAUCUCACAGCCUUGCUGGUCAUUCUGACACGCCCAUUCCUACACACCUUUCCAGGGCUGUUCUCUCCAGAAAGGGAGACCGUGUUAGUGAAACCAAGUCCUAUGCAGUCAUUUUCUCAUAUGAUUUGUAUUUAAAGUCGUUGACUUGCUCUUCCCUGGACGAUCAUGCCAUUAUAUACAAUUCCUUCUAGUAAUAACCUUACUUUGUGGAAGUUUCUAUUAGAAAGCUAAAUAUCAAGAACGAGCCCUGAGUUCUAGUCCCGACCCCUUGGGUAAUCCCUUCCUUUCUUUCAGCUGAGUUUCGCACAUGGAGGAUGGGAGAUGCCUGAUGCCCUGACCACAGGCCUCUUGUUGCAUUUAGUUCAGAGAACAAGCCCCCCAGCCCUCUUCUGAGAAGUUGGGCUGAGAGUAUGGGGAGAAGAAUUAGGAGAUCUGGACGGCACCUGUGGCUCUGUGAGUAGGGCGCCAGCCCCAUAUACCGAGGGUGGUGGGUUCAAACCCAGCCCCGGCCAAAACUGCAACAAUAAAAUAGCCGGGCGUUGUGGCGGGCACCUGUAGUCCCAGCUACUCGGGAGGCUGAGGCAAGAGAAUCGCCUAAGCUGAGGAGUUGGAGGUUGCUGUGAGCUGUGUGAGGCCACGGCACUCUACCAUGGGUGAUAAAGUGAAACUCUGUCUCUAUAAAAAAAAAAAAAAGAAUCAGGAGAUCUGACUGCCACCAACUCACUGGUGACUUGGACACAUUCCCUUCCCUGCUGGAGCCUCAGUUUCCCCAUCUGUGUUACAAUAACGUGGAACUAGAUCUGUAAAGCCCACGUAUGUGUCACUGCACGGUUCCACGAGAGGUUCAUGACAGGCAGGUCUGGUUCCUCUGAUCCUCCACAGCCUAAGUUUCCCAGAAAGUUGAUGGAAUUAGCUGAUGGCUCCAAACUACCUCCAGAGACCUGGCCCUACUGAGGCAGCUUAAGCACUGAGAUCAUGUUCUAUUGAUCGAAUAAAGUCAAACUUUUGGAAUGAGCCUUGCAUGUUAAUUUAAAACAGUGAUAACGUGCCAUUUUAUUUAUUUAUUUUAUUAAAUCAUAGCUGUGUACAUUAAUGCAAUCAUGGGGUACAAGGUGCUGGUUUUAUAUACAACUUGAAAUGUUUUCAUCAAACUGGUUAACAUAGCCUUCAUGGCAUUUUCUUUUUCUUCUUUUUUUUUUUACAGAGUCUUUACUCUAUCGCCCUCGGUAGAGUGCCGUGGCGUCACAGCUCACAGCAACCUCAAACUCCUGAGCUUAGGCAAUUCUCUUACCUCAGCCUCCCGAGCAGCUGGGACCACAGGCGCCUGCCACAACGCCCGGCUAUUUUUUUGUUGCAGUUCGGCCCAGGCGGGGUUUGAACCUGCCACCCUUGGUGUAUGCGGCCGGCGCCCUAACCACUGAACCAAAGGCACUGCCCAGCAUUUUCUUAGUUAUUGUGUUGAGACAUUUAUAUUCUACAUCUAGUAAAUUUCACAUGUACCCUUGUAAGAUGCACCAUAGGUGUGGUCCCACCAAUUACCCUCCCUCCACCCAUCCUGCCCCCCUCCCCUUUCCCCUUCUUCUUGGGCUAUAAUUGGGUUAUAGCUUUCAUAAGAAAGCUAUAAAUUGGUUUCAUAAUAAGACUGAGACAUUGGAUACUUUAACAUGUGCCAUUUUAAAAGUACGAUGACUUCUUACACCUUUUCUCCUGACCAUCGACUCCUGCCACAACACUCAGCUAUUUUUUGGUUGUAGUUGUCAUUGUUGUUUGGCAGGCCCAGGCUGGAUUCGAACCUGCCAGCUCCCGUGUACGUGGCUGACACCCUAGCCGCUGAGCUACAGACGCUGAACCUUUGUGUGUGUGCGUACGUGUCUCUGUGUGUGUGUGUGUUGCAGUUUGUGGCCGGGACCGGGUUUGAAACCACCACCUCUGGUAUGUGGGCCGGAGCCCUACUCCUUAAUCACAGGUGCCACCCUUUCUUUUCUUUUUUUUUUUUUUUUUUGGGAGACAGAGUCUCAAGCUGUCGCCCUGGGUAGAAUGCCAUGGCAUCAUAGCUCACAGCAACCUCCAACUCUUGUAUCUGUGUUACAAUAACAUGGAACUAGAUCUGUAAAGCCCACGUAUGUGUCACUGCACGGUUCCACGAGAGGUUCCUCCAACUCUUGCCUCAGUUUUUCUAUUUUUAGUAGAGACAGGGGUCUUGAUUUUUGCUCAGGCUGGUCUCCAACCCGUGAGCUCAAGCUAUCCACCCAUUAUGGCCUCCCAGAGUGCUAGGAUUAUAGGCAUGAGCCACCUCGCCCAGCCGAGAACCAAUUACUUUUAAACUCUUUGUAAAUGAGUGAGUCCUAAAAUGAUUUGAAGAGGAUGUAGAAUCCUGGAACUUUAGAAUGGAGGGGAACCUGGAGCCAAUCUUUCCACCCCUCGGUUCACAAAUGGGAAGCAGGCCUGGAGCAGGAAUGGACCUGCCACAUGUCAUCUGCCUAGCAAAAUGCAGGCCAGGUGCCAUGUCCCCUCUGGUCAAUUCUGUUAAGGAGUGGCCAGGUCUACCUUUGAGCUACAAAGCUUCCUAGAUUUUCUGAAACAGGGACCUGUCUUCUUUAUUUCACAGUAGGGAGAUAAGCCCAGGAAGGAUAGUAAUUUGUCCAGGGUCAGGCUGAAUGAAACCUAAGUAUCCUGAUCACUAUGCCAGUGUUUCUUUAAGUAGCCAGGGGAAUGUGAUUUGGGGGGAAGAUCCAAGCCUUGAAGAGACUUCAUCCUAGAGUCCCUACUCAGUGGGGAGGUAGCCUCAGACUGCUUGCCCUUUGUGUGUCUUAGAUCUUCAUCAUAAGACAUUCAUUUGACUAAUGGGGUGUAGGGUGGUUGGGGGUUGACAGAGCUCACUUGCGUGAAAUGCUUAAUCCUUAGUCUGUGCUCAAAAACACUUCAUUUACACCAGGAGAAUGAGGAAAUCCCCAUUGGGAGCUCAGGUUCUGCUGUUAACUUUGUUAUCUCAAGACCUGGAUCUUGUUUUCUUGCUAUGAUGCUUUACAACUUUCCUGGGGAAUGCUGCGAGCAAACGCCUGCAGAAUGGUUUCAUCUCCUUAGAGGAAAGACAAGUAUUCAAACUGUACCUUACUCUGUCAUUUCUGAACUUGCCAUUUUACUUCUUGCCAUAAAUUGAUGAAAUGGGAAUGCUGGCAAAAUAGCAGGUAGAGGCUAUCUUAUCAUUUCUCAUUCCUUGGGGAGAUCUAGAAGCAACUGGCUGGGAAAUGUUUAGCAGAAUUAAUAUUUGGGGACAAAGGCUGGUGCAUAACAAAACCAUUGUGCAAAUCAAGCUUAGAAUGUAAAUCAAGGGCGCCAUUAAUAUUCUGUUUUAAUGGAAGAAACACCUGCUGGGCUAUCGAUAAAGAAGCUUUACAGAAAGCUGUUGAAAUCAUCAUUUCCUUAACUACUUGAGUGCCGGGUCUCCUCAGAGCUCCCACAGUGCAUUUCUUUACUAAGAUGCCAGCAUGCUUUUUAGAAUGGAUUGUUGUGUGUGUAAGGGCGCAUGAGGCUUUGUUCUAGAGUUAGGAAAAGGGCCUGCACAGUGGGUCAAGCC